AUGUACGUUCCUGCGAUAUAUCGGCAGGAACCUCACACGACAUUCCUGGUGUCCAUCGACAUUCUAUGUCGCAGAAGAAAGCACUUCCUCCACACUGAAGAAAGUGUGUUCAAACGUCCACGGGGUCGUCCACUCGGAUCGAAAAACAAACCAAAACCCGUUGGUUAUAACUCGGCGGUUAAUAAUGAAGGAAGCGGUGUCAAACGUCUGUGUGGUCGUCCACAAGGAUCGAUAACAAAACCAAAACUAAAACCUGUUGGUGAUAACUCAGCGGUUAAGAAUGAAGGAAGCAGUGUCAAACGUCCGCGUGGUCGUCCACCAAAACCUUUUACUGGUAAUUUGGGUGGACGACCACGCGGACGUUUGACACCGCUUCCUUCAUUCUUAACCGCCGAAUCAACACCAAUGGGUUUUGGUUUUGGUUUUCUUAUCGAUCCUUGUGGACGACCACUGGGAUGUUUGACACCACUUCCUUCAUUCUUAACCGCCAAGUUAUCACCAACGGAUUUUCGUUUGUUAUUCGAUCCGAGUGGACGACCCCGCGGACUGGUAAGAGCAAAAGAGGAGAUAGGGGAUCACAAUGCAAGUGGUAGCUAUGUGAUUAUGGAGCUUUGGAACUAUGAGGAAAACCGGAAGGUCACAUUGGAGGAAGCAACAAAUGUGAUGUUGAAGGUGUGGUCGGAUCUUGGGGGUAAGAAGAACAAAAGACAGACGCUUUGA